GGAGACCUGCUGGAUCUCAGAGACCAGGACCGAGAGCGGGAUGGAGGAGGACAACCAGGACCCGGAGCCCCGGAGCAACAACGUCCCCGGAGGACAAACAGCAGGCUCGAGCUCUGAUAGCACCGAUGUUCAGAGACGAGAUGGACUGAAACGUCACCCCUGUCAGCACUGUGACAAGUCAUUCACAACAUCUAGAUAUUUGAAGAUUCAUCUGAGAGUUCACACUGGAGAGAAACUGUACAGCUGUGACCUAUGUGGGAAAACUUUCACUGAAUCACGUCACUUAAAAAUCCACCACCGUAUUCACACUGGAGAGAAACCGUACAGCUGUGAACAGUGUGGAAAAACUUUCGCUCAAUCAAGUAACCUAAAACUCCACCAACGUGUUCACACUGAAGAGAAACCGUACAGGUGUGAACAGUGUGGGAAAUCUUUCGCUCAAUCAAGUGACCUAAAAGUCCACAACCGUGUUCACACUGGAGAGAAAUUGUACAGCUGUGACGAAUGUGGGAAAGCUUUCAUUACAUCAAGAAAACUUCAAGUCCACCAACGUGUUCACACUGGAGAGAAACCGCACUGGUGUGAACAUUGUGGAAAAACUUUUACUCAGUCAAGUCACCUUAAAAUCCACCAACAUGUUCACACUGGAGAGAAACCGUACUGGUGUGAACAGUGUGGAAAAACGUUCACUACAUCAAGUCACCUAAAAAUCCACCAACGUGUUCACACUGGAGAGAAUAUGCACAGCUGUGAACAAUGUGGUAAAGCUUUCACUACAUCAAGUGAACUUCAAAAGCACCAACGUGUUCACACUGGAGAAAAACCGUACUGGUGUGAACAAUGUGGGAAAACUUUCGCUCAAUCAGGUAACCUGAAACUCCACCAACGUGUUCACACUGGAGAGAAACCGUACUGGUGUGAACAGUGUGGGAAAUCUUUCGCUCAAUCAGGUACCCUAAAAAUCCACCAACGUGUUCACACUGGAGAGAAACUGUACAGCUGUGACCAGUGUGGGAAAUCUUUCAGUCAAUCAGGUGUCCUAAAAAUCCACCAACGUAUUCACACUGGAGAGAAACUGUACAGCUGUGACCAGUGUGGGAAAUCUUUCACUACAUCUGGUGCCCUAAAAAUCCACCAACGUGUUCACACUGGAGAGAAACGGUACUGGUGUGAACAGUGUGGAAUAACUUUUGCUCGAUCAGAUUCCCUAAAAGUCCACCAACGUGUUCACAAUGGAGAGAAACCGUACUGGUGUGAACACUGUGGAAAAACAUUUGCUCGUUCAGGUACCCUAAAUAUCCACCAACGUGUUCACAAUGGAGAGAAACCGUACUGGUGUGAACAGUGUGGAAAAUCUUUUGCUCAGUCAGGUACCUUAAAAAUUCACCAACGUGUUCACACUGGAGAGAAACUGUACAGCUGUGAUCAGUGUGGGAAAGCUUUCACUCAAUCAGGUGACCUAAAAAUCCACCAACGUGUUCACACUGGAGAGAAACUGUACAGCUGUGAUCAGUGUGGGAAAUCUUUCACUACAUCUUGUGCCCUAAAAGUCCACCAGCGUAUUCACACUGGAGAGAAAUGGUACUGGUGUGAACAGUGUGGAACAAAGUUUGCUCGAUUAAGUUCCCUAAAAAUCCACCAACGUGUUCACACCGGAGAUAAACCAUACUGGUGUGAACAGUGUGGAAAAACUUUUUCUCAAUUAGGUACCCUAAAUAUCCACCAACGUGUUCACACUGGACAGAAACCGUACUGGUGUGAACAGUGUGGAAAAACUUUUGCUCAAUCAGGUACCCUAAAAAUUCACCAACGUGUUCACACUGAGAUAAACCAUAGCUGUGGCCAAUGUGGCAAAUCUUAUACCAACAGGAGAACCCUUAAAAGACACAAAUGCAUUGACAAAGCAUCAUUGUGACAUUUUUCACAGUGCCAAGCUAGCUGUUUCCUCCUGCCCUGAAUACAACCACCUGUUAUCAUGUGACGGUGCUGGACUAAUGUCAUGUGGUGACAGCUUAGAAAGUUUGAUUUGGAAAGAGCUGGAAAGCAUUACAACAGCGAAUUAAAUUGCAGUAGCCAGGUUACAACCAGUAGAGGGCAGUCUCUGCAUUUUUGUAGCACUAUACAUAGAAUAGUUUACAGUAAAAUAUUCAGAUUUGGACCUGAAUCCAUCAACAACACUACUAAAUACCCAUACACAUUGGUAAUCAGGUGAAAUAAGAAGUUUGGGGGUUAAGUGACUCUAAGAAGACCAUGGGAUGUGGUCAAAAGCUAAAACAAAGAGGUAGUGAGGCUUGUGUUCAGACUCCUUUAUUAUAGAUGCAGUGUUUACCACACAUUGAUUUAUUUGUGGCGGUCCGCCACCAUAUCAACACUGACCGCCACGUAUAGAUUUUUUUUUUUACUAGGAGUAUUCGCGCAGCACCUCCACUCGCUCCCUCGCUCUCGCUCUCAUGAACACCGUUGCACAAAUCUGUCUCAAACAACUCUGUCAAUGUCAGAGACCCAGCUUGAAUGAAGUUAUUAGUAAACAUGUAAAGAGCUUGGUUAAUACGGAGAGCUAUAUUAACAUUUGAAUAUAGCGGGGUUGUCGAUGUUCGCACGCUUUAUAUAGCUGGUAAUCGAUAUCGACAAUCACCUACAUUACAUUUACAUUUUUUCAUUUAGCUGAUGCUUUUAUCCAAAGCGACGUACAAUUGUUAUAAACGUUAGCGGUUACACGCCUCUGGAGCAACGAGGGGUUAAGUGUCUUGCUGAGGGACAAAAUGGUGGAUGGGUCACAGUGGGGGAUUGAACGUGGGUCUCUCACACCAGAGGC